ACAAGAGCCAAUCACAUUAAAGACAAUGUCUGGCCCGCCUCCUGCCUGUGACACUCUGGAUCGUGGCUGGACAGAGAAACUAUAAAGUUUCCUGACAAGUCAAGAGGGAGAAGGAGAAGAGAUUGAACCAUGAGAGAGAGCCUUGCUUUUGUGUCAUCCCAAAACAUGGCGUUCACUGACUCCAUGAAACCCACUGAGCUGUCCACAGACAAGAAGGGGAUACAGAGGAAAAACUGGAGGAACAAAAUAAGAUUUCUCUUGAAGUCCAACUCCUCCCAGUCGAUAGUACAUCAGAUGAAAAACAGAUCUUACAGGCCGACUGCUGAUGACACGCACCAAUGGGCGCAGUCACUUGACAAACUACUGAGUCAUAAAUAUGGGAAAGCUGCGUUUUGUAUCUUCCUGAAGUCUGAGUUCUGCGAAGAGAACAUCGAGUUUUGGACAGCCUGUGAAGAUUUCAGGACCCUCACUUCGCACAAAGAGCUGGCGUCCAAGGCCAACAGUAUUUACGAGGAGUUCAUUAAAAGUGAAGCACCCAAAGAGAUAAACCUCGAUUUCCACGCAAAGAACGCCAUCGCCCAGAGUCUUCACGAGCCCAAUUCGGACAGCUUCCUGGCAGCUCAGAGGAAAGUCUACAGCCUGAUGGAGAACAACUCCUACCCCAGAUUUAUCUACUCCGACCUCUACAAAGAACUGUGUGCAGCUGCCAGGGGGAGAGGGCAAGCACAUUAAGUCCUAGUCAAACCAGACACCCACUUCUGAAGUCAUUUGUUUACCGCUGUAACUGUGUGAAUAGACCGCUGAUGGUCUUCAUUCGGUGCACUGCCUCAGGAUAAUAGACCUUGCAUGCAAAUCCUGAGCAUAAACAGUAACGGUGAGUGCAGAAAACGCAAAAGUGAAGCCAUUUUUUUCUUUCCCCUGCUGAGAGCUCGCAGCGAUGACGUCAGGAUGAUUAGGCAGGAUGUUGUAUGCUGCAGCAGGCAGCGCUCCGAGCACUUCUACCGGAUGGGAUUAGGGUUACAUUUACUUCACUGGGCCAUUACCUGCUCUUUCUUUAUUACGCUAUUAGAAUUUGGUAUUUUGGUCAAUGAUGCGCUUUCAAGAAAAUGCUGUUAAAGUGCAACUGCGUUCAAAGCUGAGAUGACUCCCAUCUCUUACCGAUGAUCCUGUUAGAAUGUGUUUCUCUGCUCAUAUCCACUUGAAGACUUUUCACAGUUACAUUACAGUCACAUACACCUGAUGACUUUCUCUGUUUCUCGGGUUUUCAUUUUCACCGAUGUGCUUGGAUCUGUUUACACAAAAAGUGCAACAAAUAUUAUUUAUUGUAAUUACUGCAGGUGUUGAUUGUGAAUUUAGGUUUGCAGGCAGCUGGACUGCUUGAGAAAUUAAAUGUUUUUUUCAAUUCUGAAA